AUGUCUAGCAAAAACGAUCACUUGCGUGACUUAAGUGAAUUUUGGGCUAACGUUAAUAUAAGCAAAAAUUUCACUAUGGAAUUUAAAGAUGAAUCGAUCAAAUCGUCGCUUCUAAUACUUCCUAACGUAGAAGCAUGCAAACAAAGACCAAAAUAUCUGAUAAUAAUCAUUUCAAGGACAGAAUCGCUAAAUGUUCGUAAUGCAAUACGAGAUACGUGGCUUAAUGCUAGUAAUUCAAAUAGUUUGAAAAAUGGAUUUGUUGUUGCAUAUUUUCUCGUAGGCAUACAGCAUGACAUUACGGUGAUGAUGAAAAUUAUUGAGGAAAGCAAGAAAUACAAUGAUUUAAUUGUCACAUCAAUUACGGAUAAUUAUAACACUCUAACACUUAAGGUUUACACAGCGAUGUAUUUCAAGCAUAUAUACUGUGAACAUGUAAUGUAUUAUAUCAAAGUAGAUGAUGAUGUCGUGCUUGAUCUGGAUCGUCUUAAUCAGCAAGUUAAUUCAUUUUCAAAUUUAGCUCAUAUUUAUGGAGCUAUACGUUACAAGGAUCCCGUCAUUAGGCGACGUAUGGAUAAAUAUUACAUGCCUUAUGAAUGUUAUUUACGAAACUUUUAUCCACCAUUUGCGCCUGGUAUGAUGUAUAUUAUACCAUUCGGAGCAUUCCAAAAAAUAUGGCGGACAUUACCGACAGUUAUAUGGUUAAAAUUGGAAGAUAUUUUUUACACAGGAAUUGUUGCGGAAAUUGCGGAUGUUAAACGUGUUAAUAUCGAUUUCAUGUAUUCCGCAGAUAACGUUCAGAGUUUACCAGAUCAAUGGGAAUGUGAUGAAUAUGGUCGAUCAAAGCUUGUCGCAGCAUCAUCAUUUCCUAGCGCUGAUGGCUUACGCAAAUUCCACAAAAACAAUACUAAUCAUUCUACUUCUACUUAA